AUGAGCAGGAUGACUAAUUUUAUACUUCUGAGUUUCACCAUUCUUCAGAAAGUGGAUGAUAUUUUGUCAUCAAAAGGUUAGUAAGGUGUAAAAACAUAUGUAACUGGUUAUAUUGAAGAGGUGUCAGUUUAAUACAUACAUCUUUAAUUUAUAACCCUUUACAGGAAAUCCCAAGAGCUGCCAGACUGUUAUCGCGAGAGCUGCCAGACUUUGGAGGAAUAAUUAA